ACAUGUGGACUACGUUGGUCCAUGUUUCUCCAAAUAUUUGGUGUGUGGCCAGGAUUCACUGUCUUCAGAUUCCAUACCAAUGGCAACUUCCACCCUCUCCCACCAAAGUGCACGGCCGUUCCCCACGGCGUGCGCCAGUUCCGGCCCACCAAGAACCGCCGUUAGCCUACGGCGGCACCUCCCACCUUUCCCCAAGCCCCGAAAACUUGCUCUCAGUGUAAAAAACAGCAACCGCUUCAAGUGGGUCAUUCAGUCGAGCUUAGCGGAGCAAAGCCCACCCAAAACGUUCGACAUUCAAGAACUCGUGAGAUUUCUUUAUGACGAUCUCACACACCUCUUCGACGAUCAAGGUAUCGAUAAAACGGCCUAUGACGAACGUGUCUUCUUUCGAGACCCUAUUACCAAACACGAUACUUUGAGCGGCUACCUCUUCAACAUUGCGCUACUCAAAACAAUAUUCAAGCCCCAGUUUCAGUUGCAUUGGGUCAAACCGACAGGACCGUAUGAGAUAACUACUAGGUGGACCAUGGUUAUGAAAUUCGCUCUACUUCCUUGGAAACCGGAGCUGAUCUUUACUGGAACUUCCGUAAUGGGCAUUAACCCAGAAAAUGGCAAGUUUUGUAGCCACCUGGACUUUUGGGAUUCAAUACAGAAAAAUGACUAUUUUUCUUUCGAAGGUCUGUUGGAUGUGAUCAGACAGUUGAGGAUUUAUAAGACACCGGAAUUAGAAUCACCAAAAUAUCAAGUAUUGAAAAGGACGGCAAAUUAUGAGGUUAGACAGUAUGAUCCAUUCAUAGUUGUCGAAACAAAUGGAGACAAGCUAUCUGGGUCUACAGGCUUUAAUGAUGUUGCUGGAUAUAUAUUUGGAAAGAAUUCCUCGAUGGAGAAGAUACCAAUGACUACCCCUGUAUUCACUCAAAGCAAUGAUGCUGACCUGUCCAAAGUUUCAAUCCAAAUAGUUCUUCCAUCAGACAAAGAAACAGAAAGUUUACCAAGUCCUAAUCAAGAAACAGUUCGCGUGAGAAAGAAUGAGGGAGGCAUUGCUGCAGUAAUGAAGUUCAGUGGAAAACCCACAGAGGAUAUUGUUUGUGAAAAGGAGAAAAUCCUACGCUCCAAUAUCAUUAAAGAUGGUCUUAAACCUCAGAUUGGUUGUUUGCUUGCACGAUACAAUGAUCCGGGUCGGACAUGGACCUUUACAAUGAGGAAUGAAGUGCUCAUAUGGCUAAAUGAUUUCUCGUUGGAUUAGCAUCAAUGCAGAAACCGUAGCUGUUGUUAUUAUCACUGCACACAACUAAUUUUUCCAUCAUAUAUGAGUAUAUGAAAAAUGUUGUUAAAAGUUCUCUGGUAAAGAAUGAGAGAUGUUUGGAAC